GGUUUUUCCUUUUUGCUAUUUUGCGCCAACGCUUUUUGUAAACAACCAAUUUAAAUUUUAAUGUUUCAUCAAAAAAAGAUAAAUAAUUAAUAUUCGUGAAUUAUUUGCAUCAAUAAAUAACAUACUAGUAAGAAAUUAUUCAUUCAUAAUGAGCUAUUAUAGUGAAAAUCUUGGAAAUCGAAUUUUGGAACUUUUAAGUCAACCGACUGUUGAACGAUGUCCAGAACUUGGUUUACUAUUCGAUCGUUGCAGUAUUCGUGAAAUGCAAGAACUCUUUCCAAUCAUAGUCAAUUCAAUAUUUGAUCUCACAACCGGCGGCAUUGGUUGGGGCUUACGGGCCACAACCAAAGAAAACUCACCGCACGCUUUUGACAUUCUCCAUGAUUUCUUUAUACCUCACGGGCCAAUGUUUCGGCUUUGCUAUCGACUUUUAAAUGAUGCUAUUAAAUUUGAGUUUAGUAUUGAUUUAUUGCCGCAUAAAUUGGGUGAAAUGUUGCAAACUGGGCAAUACUCAAUGUUUUAUUCAGAUCUUCUGAGUGUCGAUCCAUUCCGAAGAUGUGUUACAGCGCUUUCCUUAAACGCCUUUGAUUAUUUUAUUCUCAAUUUUGCAAUCCAUGGAACAUUCGCUCUGCACAAGCGUUAUGCUGCCGCUUUGCAGGUACACAAUGAACGCAUGAAGACGGUUUACUUUUUUUUGUCAGCUCAAUAUUUGUGCACAUUCCUUCCUGAAAGUCCGGAUCAAGUUGUGAUGCCAACAAAUAUAUGUGCAACGGUGAAAGCACCUCAACCAAUGCCCGUGCAACCACUUCAGCCAACGAGGUCUCCCAAAUAUCUCAAAAUUCCAAAUGUUUCGCCAUAUUCGGCGGCAAACAAUCAGGCAACACGGACAGCUGAAUCACCUCGGACUUAUGCAUGGAGAACAGAAUCUGUGCUGCAUUUGUUUAUAGAUUCUUGGCUACGAUAUGAUGUAGAAGAAGCGAGAGAUCUUCCCAGCAGUGAGUUCAUCCGAGUUGUUCGAAUUUUAGUUAAACAAAUGCAUACUUUUUGCAAUUGUGCAUACCUUGACACCACCCCAAUGGCUUCGCUUCGCAAAAUGUCACAGCCAAUGAUGAAAGCAAGAAUUUUUCCAUUUCUAAAAAGCAUAAUCGCUCGUUGGCCCUUGGAUAGUUCUCUAUCGGUUGUCUUGGAACUCUGGCUUAGUUAUAUUCAACCUUGGAGGUACACCUUUGAGUGGCAGCAUAAUAAUCAGGGAAAUAUAGAAGUACCAAUAAGCAGUCGGUUUGAUAGUUUCAUUCAAGAUAAUCUUGCAAUUUACACGCAAAUCUUCAUCCAUAUUCUGCCCCGUUUCGAACGUUUGGACUUUACAACAUUUAGAAAUGUAAUUAUGUUGCAUCGUUUGGUCAAGGUAUUCAGCCAGACUUCAUUGCCACAGAAAUUAUACAAUUAUGAGCAGUCAUUUUGUGGAAAUAACACAUUCGGUAUUAAUCAUUUAGAUUCCCCGCAGAUGAGUCGUAAUUAUCGCACUCGUCACGACAGUUCUGGUGGUGGUGGUGAAUGGGAUAGUAUAUUUAAUGAAGAUAGCUACACUCCAAUGUUUGGAGCAGCCAUUCAAUGUGAAAUUGAACAUUUCAUUAAAUCAAUCAAUAUUGCAAAGAUGUAUGUUCAACAAGAAAUUCAAAUGAUACGAACAGAAAAUUUGGAAAAACAGAAUAAUAUUGGUUUCUUCGCAAGAACCAUGAGAAGUCUUUUUGAAGAUAUCACACCAACUGAGUUAAAAUUACAAGAAAUAAUUAAAAUACCUGAUAUAUUGGAUUUGGCAAUGCAAUCUUUGGGAAUAAUGUUUGAUGUAAGCAUUCCGGAAAUGUCAAUAGAGCAACUUGUGCCGAGAGAUCAAAGCUAUUCACAUGUCAACUUUUCGUUGUACGACAAUAGCGAAUAUUUGGAUAUUUCAAAAGUAUCGCCAAUGCAGAUGAGAAAUAAUGUUGCCAACAUUAAACCAACAAUUGAUCCGGCCUUAUUGCCAAUUCAAAGUAAAGAAUGUACUAUUCUUGUGCGUUUUCUACAUCAGGUUUCCUGUAAACUCAAUGAAAUGUUUUCCGAAGAAAUGCAAAAAAUUUGGAAUCGAUCAGAUAUUUGGGGUAAAAUAUCUCGACAAAUCUUAAGUCCCCCUAUGACAGCACAAUGGUUUGACAAACAAAGAGGUGUUAGUCAACUAUGUGAAGACCAACUACCACCAAGAAUAUGCCUACGCCCUUUGGCAUCGUAUAAGACUUUAAUUUUUAUAGGUGCAUCGCUUAUUGUUGGACAAAUCUUAUGGGGUGCUCCAAGUUAUGGACUUUUAUCUUUAUUGCUUUUAAUAACAACAUAUUUAUUUAUACUAGCGUUAAUUUGAUGUGUAAUGAAAAAAGUCUUUUUUUUGUUUUAUUUGUAAGUAAAUUUUUUUGAAUAUUAAAAAAAUUACGUGUAAACAUAUUUAAUGGUAAUAA